AGCUUCUUCACACGUUGUUGAUGUUUCUCACAUAUAGAUUUAACAUUUCUAUUAUUUUACAAGGGCUUAUUUGAAUCAUUUUCCUUUUUUUAAAUAUUGUGUUCACCUUGGAUAUAGUAGAUAUAGUUCAACGAGUGGAUAAAUUGAUAUAUUGAUUUCCUAUCAAAGAUGCCUCGUCCUCGUGAUAAAGAGAAAAUGUCACAACCCACGAUAACCGAAUACUUUUCAGUGCGAAAAGCACCGACAAGAUCAGUUGACAAUACAAAUGGCAAGGAAAAGUUAUUUGAAAGUCCAAAAGUUGAUUUGGAUUUAGAUUUCAUUUUGAGAAAAAAGAAAAACAUCCCUCAGUCUACUAGUUCGUCGAGAUUGCUGAUUUCGGUGCUGGAAAAAAAUGCAAAAUUGAAAGCUCAGAGUAAAACAGUUUCCAGAAAAGAAAAUAAUAAUCCUAAUGUAAAAAAUGCAUCUGAAAGUGAAAAUGUAUUGGAUUCGACUAAAGUUGAGGCUAUGGAAUCAAGUUCCUCUAGUUCAAAUGAAAUAGUUUUGCCUAAAGAAGAAACCUUGGAAGAAAAUGGUGAAUCUUACUCAGAAAACUGUAAUAUUUCUGAGGCGCCGGCGAUAAAAAAGAUUAAACUUGAUGAACCUGGGAGACAAGAAGAAGUCAUUCAAAAGGUGAUUUCAAAAAAUUUACAGAGCGAUGCUGUGCCGGUAAAAAAGGCGCCGAAAACGGUGAAGUCUGUAAAUAAUGAUAUUUGCGUAAAUAGAAGUAUUCCAAAAGUUUCUCUGAUAGAACCAAAACAAUCUCUAAUAAAAACCGAUGAAUCUAAAACACUGGCAGUCGUAAACGAAAGUCAAUCUCAAACACCAAAAACAUGUUUGCCCUUGCCAAGCGAUUACAAGUUUCUAGGACAAGUCUUUACAUGCAUCGAUAGGGUUGCACUGAUGCUGCACCACCGAGGUGAGAUUAUUACAUUCAGAAAACUGCAGCCUGCUCUGAAAAAUAUGUCAAAAUGCGAAGUCACUUUGGAUCACUUGGCGCAAAUAAAAUCAAUUUACCCAGAAGCGUACACCUAUGAAAAUAAGAAGAUUAUGACUUUUGCUUCAGGGUCAAGAAACCCUCAGAACGAAAUGGUUUUAAGUCCAAAGUUUGAGUCUGCGAACACAGCCAAAGAGUCUGUUUCAGAUGUUUCUGGAAAUAAUAUUCUUCUAGAAAGGAGCCGAAAGUUUUAUAAUUCUCUUUUAGAAAGAGUCAAAGACGAACACGAAAAUUUUUUGAAGGGAUGUAGACAAUCGCGACGGGUUAUACCGAAAGAGAAGAUUAAACGUUGGCAUCCUCGAUUUGAGAUUGAAAAGUGCAAACCUAUAGAGAAGUCCGAAUUGCCAAUAAUUCAUAGUAUUAAAAUAACUUCUCCUAAAGAAGUUCUGGAAAAAGUAAGGGAGUGUUACAAAGUUGACACAAAUUUGAAAACUUCAACAGGAUCUCCAGAAACUCUGUCUGUACCAGCGGAGACUAAACGAGAAGAUAAUGCAAGAGAAUAUUAUUGUAGAUUGCCUUCCAUAGCAAAAAUUCUGCGCAAUAUUUUUCUAUCUGAAAAGAAGAAUGUGCUGGCUUUAAAUCUCACUAUGCAAAAGCUUCAGUUUUCUUUCAAGGAAAAAUUAUCAUUUGAUGAAACGGAAAAGCACCUUCGAUUACUCUGCGAAUCGGUUCCAACGUGGAUUAAUUUAUUUAAUCUGGGAAAAGUUGACCGUUUAAAAUUCGACAAAAAUAUCUCGUUUGAAAAAGUCUUGAAAAUAUUAGAAGCCUUGGCUAAAAAGUACUAAAUUCUACAUUUUGAGCAUUCAUAGCUUGUGUAUAUAAUAAUAAUAAACAGCGAACAAUAUUUUGAUUUUUUAAAUAACUUUUCAUUUUGCUAUUAUUUUCAACGCUAGAAAAUAAUGAAAUAAAACGGACUCUAGAACGAUAAAAAUAUUUUAUAGGUUAUUUGAUACAUUUAUUAUGAGGAAUUAAAUACGCAUUUAGAAAUGAAUAUAUUAUUAUUAUUAUUAUUAUUAUUAUUCAUAUACAAUUAAGUCAUUUUCUUUUCGGGCUAAGCGUGACUCACUCGUUGAGGUAUAGAUUUUGUAGAUUGAUCUAGAAUUGUCAAUUCUUAAAUAUGCAAUUUCGAAUUAAGUUUUGAAAUAAAUACCUGGAAAUUA